AUGGCCACAGCUGCCGUAACCCUCCCCGGUGGCGCCGGCGCAUCGGGCGUGAUCCCAUGCCCACUGCCCGCGACGGUGGAAGAUGCCAUUUGCGCUGCGCAAAAGACGCAGCCAGGUGGCUGGGAGAAUGCCGUGCUUUCCCAGGGUGUCCAACAUUUAAAACCAGGCACUGCCCUGGAAGCUGCUGCGUAUACUUUGGUGAGCUACGAUGCCUUGGGCAGCAGUGCCAUCAACGUCCCACAAACGGAAUGCCGCGGGAUCAACUUGAAGCAGCUUUCGCAGCUGGUGGAUUUCAUCCGUGACCAUGCGCACCUCUGGGUGGAGACGUACUCUGGCAGCCCAAACUUUGAACAGCCGUUGGAGCUGCAGACCUUCAGCCUCUACCACACAUCUCAUUGGGUCAUAAAGCCAGCUACCCUGCGGUACAGGUGCAGCUUCGUGGAGCUCGUUGCCAAAGACGCAGAAACGCAGUUCCCGUGUUGGUUUGUGAGCCAUGCGUGGCAAGAAGCCGUGUGUUGCUUUGUUGCUUGCCUGCGCCAGCACGCGGAACUGCGGAAUGCCGUGGGACUAGCAUACUGGGUCUGUGCGUACGCAAAUAAUCAACACAAGCUGCAGGACGAGAUCUCGGCGAACCCACGUGGGACAUCCUUCUACAAGGCCAUGAAGCUGGCCGUUGGGGUCGUGCUGAUCUUGGACCGGGAUGUUGAAGAGCGGAACACCGGGAUGCCACUGCUGUUGGACGUGGCCGCCACUGACUCCUCCAAUGAGGCUCACGUGAUCACUGAUGGUCUGGCGGCCCCAGAGGCGCGUUUGAUGCCGCUGUUGGGCUUUUUGAUGAAGGCCUUGCGCGAAGCGAACUUUCCCACGUUGCUCGCGCAGAAGGGUCUCAGCGUCGACAUUUCAAAGGCUGACGCCAGCAAAGCAGAGGACAAGAUCCGUAUCCUCAAUUGCAUCAGACUGCCGCAAGCAAGGACGAAGGAUUUGACUGACGUCGCGCCCCUUCAAGAUCCAAAUUAUUCGGCUGUGAACAAGGCCCUGGCAGCGCAUUUUGCCAUCGCUUCCUGGUUUGGUGCCGUUACGCAGGGGCACGACACCAGCAACCUUCGGAGAGCCCUGGCGGCCGACAGCUCACGGCAUAUGGUGGAGUUGUCCUUCACAGGCUGCCGUGGCUUUGGGGAUGACUCGCUGCAGCAGCUGCUGAAUCACUUGCCGAGGCAGCUGCGUCUGCUCCGCUUGGAUCUGGCCUUUAGCGGGGUCCAAUCAUGGAACUUCCAGAAGGAGAUGCCUCCACUGGAGCAGCUCACCCUGCGCUUCACGGGCUCCAGGUUGGCAGAUGCGUCCGGCUUGGCACAGAUGCUCGACACAGAGCAGUGCCUCGCACGGUCUCUGAAGUCGUUGCAGCUGUGGUUUUCCAACCUUCCGUCCUUGGUGGAGCUGGGCUCAUGGGAGCCGCUCACAAAGCUACAGCUGGAAGAGUUGGUUUUACAGCUGAAGCGCUGUGGCCAAGUUCCUCCUGAAGCAAAGCAGUCGCUGUAUGCCUGCGUCAAACAACUGAAGAGAGCUAGGGAGUUGCUGAACCUUCGUGGUCAUGGUCUUGGUCUGGAGGUGGAGCUGGCUGGUAGCAAGGCUGUGGACUACGUAGAUUUUGACGACGCCAUGGACGACUGUGGAGGGCGAGCUUGGCGAUGGGCCGAACUCAGCUUACUUUUUACAUUGCAGGCUGCUGCUGAGAUUCAGCAGCGGACGACCCUUGCCGUGAUCCUGCUUUCGCUGUACCCUGUUGCCUGCUUGUCACUGGAAGAGUCUUUGGGAGUUCCAUGGGCUGCGAUCUGCACUUUGCUCUCCGUGAUAGUGCUGAGUAGCAUCGUGACGACGAGCAUUCGCUUUGACACCGUGAGAACGCAAAUUCUGCAGGAAGCGGUGGCAACAGAAGCAAGUUACUCCCAGGUGCUUCAGCUACCAGAGACUCAGAGCGUCAUGCUCCGUGUUCCUACAAUGGGCUGCGGCUAUGCAGAUUCUCGAGAACUACGUCAACAAAGCGAAAAUUUGCGUCUUGGAAGCAACAUGAGACGUGCGCCUACUAACUUCCUCAUGAGAGCCAUGAACGUGGCGCUGCCGGAUGCUACAUUGAAGCUGAAACUGCUGACCAAUUUGAGUGACGAAGAGAAGCGAAGCCCGCAACAAGUUCUGGACGCGCUUCGAUUUGAAUUGAUGUGCGAAAACAUGCAAUCCGUCCAGGAAGCAUUCAAGGGCCUCAAGGACCGCCUUGCGAGCGAAGAAAUGGUCGCUUUGGGCGUGCGGAUCGCUGGUGUCCGGGACACCUUUGCCGAGAUGAGCGGGGCCAGCGGCCCAAAAUGCUGCCAGGUAGUUCUGCAGGUGGAAGAUUAUUAUUCCUCUGUGUUUCUCAUGGAUGUCACUCUGACCAGGCUCGAGAAUCAGCUGAGCGAUUUGACCAAGUUGGCGGACAAUUUUGGGCUGUUGGAUGACGUGAAAUCAAAAUGGGAGACUUCACUGAGGCUUUGCAAUGAUGCAUCCAGUGUCGGGCCUUUGACCAUGGCAGGGACCAUUUUCUUGCAGAUUGUGGCGUUGGUCGUGUCCUUCUUCAUGGCCAUCCAAUAUUUCCUGCGUUACGCUCCCAGGAGACUGUUCGGUCUUUUCCCACCCUGGUACCUUCUGGCCAUGAAACUGGAUGAAAAUCGUCAUAAUGAAGAAGCGGGAACUGAGGCCGCAUUUCUGGCCCUGCCCUACUUGGUCCUGGUUGUGGUGUUCCUGUUACAGCUGUUGUGCCGAAAGACGAGUCGGAAGAGGCCGCGACCCACGGAGGUGCUUUACGAAAAGUAUUUUGGGUUGCGCGGAGCUUACUACCCCUUCAAGGUGGCGAUCUUCCAAUGCUUCACCGUUGCGGUGCAGGCCUUGGGAAAGAUCUCCUUGUUGGGCGGCCUCGUUACCUUCGCCCAAGAAGAACAAGAUGCGACUGCCAUUCUUUGGCUUAGUCUCGGCUUCUGGGCUUUCUUUGCCCUACUCUGUUGGAACAGUCUCUAUCCCGCCUUUCUUCUGAUGUUCCCUGACACUGCCUGGGCUCGAAUUGGAGCAGCAUUUAUGGAUGCUGCUCUGGACCUUGGCUACAUCUUGACCUACCUGGGUAUGGUUUUGGUGGCCAUGCUGCGAUUGCAGACAGCCUCCGAAGGCUGGGGAAAUUUUGGCGAGGACUUGACGUUGCAAUUCAGCAAUCGUAUCAGCCCUGUGUUCGCCUUUCCCACUGACUUUCUGGGCUAUGGCGCCGUGUAUUUUAACGUAGCGCACGCAUGCUGCAUUGCACACAUUUUGCAGCACACCAAUUGGAGCUUGCCAGUGCGACCCAGGGGCGAGCGCCAAAAACGGAGAGUUCUUCCAACACUAUUUGGGUGCUCCCUUUCCAUUGGGCUCCUUUCGAUGCUGGUGAUUCUCCUUGUGACGCAGGACGUUUUUCCAAUGACCCAUGGACAGGAUUUCACGUGUUUUCCGUGCCGUUGCUCUGGCAAUGCUGACUCAGCUGGCCAACAGAUUGACAGCUGCACCCUUGCAGCCGUCCUCAGACAGAAGCAGGUGAACCUUGCUGCGAAGAACAUCACUGCUGUGGACCCAAAGGCUUUCAGCUCACUUGGACAUGUGAAGCGCCUGUCAUUGGCGAACAACAGCUUGAUCCAUCUGCGUCCGGGCCUCUUCGAAGGUCUACCAUCAUUGGAGCAGUUGGACUUGACACGAGUUGAGCUGGAAACGCUGCACGAAGAUUCCUUUCGCGGCUUGGAGCAGCUGAAACUAUUAGCGAUGAGACACCUGUCAGCACCUGUCAGCACCGGCGACAACCAGCUCACCGAGCUCUCGGCUGCGAUGAUGCGACGCUUGCCGCUGUUGGAGCAGCUUCUCUUGGGCGGCAAAACAAUAACCGAGGGCGGGUUUUCGAGAACCAUCGUGAAGGGCAAUCGCAUCCAGGAGCUCGGGGCCAUCUUCGGACGAAACGAACAGCUGCAGGUGAUCGACUUCAACGGAAACAAGCUCCAGAAGAUUGACCCAGCUACGUUUGCAGGACUAAAGAAGCUCCGAUGGCUGAGCUUAAGCUACAACCAGUUGACGACAAUUCCUGCGGGGAUAUUCCAAGGCCUUGGUCAACUGCAGGAACUCGAUCUGAGCUUCAACGUGUUGACCACAAUUCCUGCAGAGACAUUCCAAGGCCUUGAUCAACUCCAGACACUCUAUCUGUCCAGGAACUGGUUGACCACAAUUCCGAAAGGGACAUUCAAAGGCCUUGGUCAACUCCAGGAACUCGAUCUGAGCUCCAACGUGUUGACCACAAUUCCUGCAGAGACAUUCCAAGGCCUGGGUCAACUGCAGAAACUCGACCUGGGGUACAACAAGUUGACGACACUUCCCGCAGGGACAUUCCAAGGCCUGGGUCAACUCCAGGAACUCGAUUUGGGCAGCAACAAGUUGACCACAAUUCCUGCGGGAACAUUCCAAGGCCUUGAUCAACUGCAGGAACUCGAUUUGAGCAUCAACGAGUUGACCACAAUUCCUGCAGAGAUAUUCCAAGGCCUUGGUCAACUGCAGAAACUCCAUCUGUACUUGAACGAGUUGACCACAAUUCCUCCAGGGACAUUCCAAGGCCUUGAUCAACUCGAGGAACUCGAUUUGUCAAGCAACCAGUUGACCACAAUUCCUGCAGAGACAUUCCAAGGCCUUGGUCAACUCCAGGAACUCAAUUUGAACUCCAACCAGUUGACCGCAAUUCCCGCGGGGACAUUCCAAGGCCUUGGUCAACUUCAGAAACUCGAUCUGAGCUUUGGCUUCAACGAGUUGACGACAAUUCCUACGGGGACAUUCCAAGGCCUUGAUCAACUCCAGGGACUCUAUUUUCAGCGCAACCAGUUGACCAGAAUUCCUGCGGGGACAUUCCAAGGCCUUGAUCAACUGCGAUUUCUCUAUCUGUCUUACAACCAGUUGACCACAAUUCCUGUGGGGACAUUCCAAGGCCUUGGUCAACUGCAGGAACUCUAUUUGCAGCGCAACCAGUUGACCAGCAUUCCUACGGGGACAUUCCAAGGCCUUGGUCAACUGCAGGAACUCGAUCUGGGUAGCAACCAGUUGGCCACAAUUCCUAAGGGGACAUUCCACGGAAAUGGUCAACUGCAGAAACUCUAUCUGGACGGCAACAAGUUAACCACAAUUUCUGCGGGGACAUUCCAAGGUCUUGGUCAACUCCGGGAACUCAAUUUGAACUCCAACCAGUUGACCGCAAUUCCCGCGGGGACAUUCCAAGGCCUUGAUCAACUCCAGGGACUCUAUUUUCAGCGCAACCAGUUGACCAGAAUUCCUGCGGGGACAUUCCAAGGCCUUGAUCAACUGCGAUUUCUCUAUCUGUCUUACAACCAGUUGUCCACAAUUCCUGUGGGGACAUUCCAAGGCCUUGAUCAACUCCAGAAACUCCAUCUGCACAGGAACAGGUUGACCACAAUUCCUGCAGAGACAUUCCAAGGCCUUGGUCAACUCCAGGAACUCAAGUUGGGCGAAAACAGGUUGACCACAAUUCCUGCUGAGACAUUCCAAGGCCUUGGUCAACUGCAGGAACUCUAUCUGUACCGCAACAAGUUGUCCACAAUUCCUCCGGGGACAUUCCAAGACCUUGGUCAACUUCAGAAACUCUAUCUGGAGGACAACAAGUUGACCACAAUCCCUGCGGGGACAUUCCAAGGUCUUGGUCAACUCCGGGAACUCAAUUUGUUUGGAAACAAGUUGACGACAAUUCCUGCAGCGACAUUCCAAGGCCUUGAUCAACUCCAGGGACUCAAUUUGGGCGAAAACAGGUUGACCACAAUUCCUCCGGGGACAUUCCAAGACCUUGGUCAACUUCAGACACUCUAUCUGGAGGACAACAAGUUGACCAGAAUUCCUGCGGGGGCGUUCCAAGGCAACGCUUGGUGUCGCGUACCCUUUGAAUUGGAUGAACCUUGCGGGCACAUCUUGCUAUGUCGUAGCUCCAUCUUCCGACGUUUGGAAGCCCUGAUGGGGGCUGUCACGGUGGAGACGGUCAUGCAGGAAGUGAAAGGGAAACUGAUGGUUUUUCUGCCCGGCAUCGGAGGAAAACCUCCUGCAACUCCUGUUUUUUCAGUCGCUUGGCGGGAGAUCUGGAUUCCUGGGGCCCUGGGGUGGGGGCAGGAUUGUGCUGGCACUGUGGACAAGAUCUUGUACCAGCGCGAUUGCCAAUAA